AAAGUAGGUUAGCAGGGUAGACCGAGAGGAAAGCAGGCAGAGAGUCAGAUCGCAGAAGGGGGGGUCCGAUCACCGGUCGUCCACCCUGGGACUAUUCUGUCAAAAAAAGUUGAGCACAAUCUCUUCACCAAUGCGCCGACACGGUUACGAUGCGACCCAGAGAGACUUUAUUCACUCUUUUGUUUUGGUCGGACUUGACCGAGCGAUAGACGAGCGGAGUUACGGGUAGGUUUUUUUCUCCUCUUUCUUUUUUUUUGGUCGGGCUUUACGAAAGCUGUCUGCAGCCGGAACAAAGUUCAUAUUUACACAGCCAGUUGACUGUGUCUCCAGCAGUGUAUUCUCCUCGAUCCGGCCACAUACAUUAACCCCAUGUAGCACAGGUUUUUUUGUAACCUUCAGCCAAGAGAAAGAAAACAUCAAAAUGAGAGCUCAGAUCGAGGUCAUCCCCUGUAAGAUCUGUGGGGACAAGUCCUCAGGAAUCCACUAUGGAGUCAUCACCUGCGAAGGCUGCAAGGGUUUCUUCCGUCGCAGCCAGCAGAACAACGCGAUGUACACUUGUUCCCGCCUGAGGAACUGCCUGAUCGACCGAACGAACCGGAACCGCUGCCAGCACUGCCGCCUACAGAAGUGUCUGGCUUUGGGCAUGAGCAGAGACGCGGUCAAGUUUGGUCGUAUGUCCAAGAAGCAGCGCGACAGCCUCUACGCUGAGGUGCAAAAGCACCAAAAGUCCCAGGAGUGCGUGGGCUCCGCGGGCGGGGCCGCCACGGCUCUGUCCAUGCCUAAUAAAGACGGUGUCUGUGGCGGUGGAGCGGAGGACCGUGAAGAGGGUCUGAGCCGGUCCUACAGCAGCGGGGGCUCCAGCUCCACCCUCAGCGACCUGGAUGACAUCGCAGCGCUGCCUGACCUGUUUGACCUGCCGCUGACCCCCAAGGAGUCCAGCGAGUACUGCAGCCUGGAGCUGCACGGCGGCGGGGCCAGCACGGGGAACACCUCCAACUCGUCUUCUGCUUCUUCCUCUUCAUCAUCCUUGUCCAAUCAGAAUUCCCCACAGCAGACAAUGCUGGACGGGGCAAACGCCACCGGGAUCCACCCCUCGCAUACACACUCGCUCACGCGUCCGCUGCUGAAACGCACACAAGCACUGCUGGAUCAUCUGCCUGACGACUGCUCCAUAACAGACCUUGAGCGCAUAACUCAGAGUAUUCUCAAGUCUCACUUGGAGACGUGUCAGCACAGCGCUGAGGACAUGAAGAGAUUCACCUGGGCACAAUACACACCUGAGGAAACACGUGCUUUUCAAAACAAGGCAGCUGAGUGGAUGUGGCAGCAGUGUGCACACCACAUCACCAAUGCCAUUCAGUAUGUGGUGGAGUUUGCCAAACGCAUUGCUGGCUUCAUGGACCUGUGCCAGAAUGAUCAGAUUAUAUUGCUGAAAGCAGGCUGUCUCGAGGUCCUGCUGAUCCGGAUGUGCCGAGCUUUCAACGUCAACAACAACACCAUUUUCUUCAAUGGAAAGUUUGCCCUGGCUCAAUUCUUCACAGCACUCGGUUGUGAUGACCUGGUCAGUGCAGUGUUCGACCUGGGGAAAGGACUCUGCCGUCUACAGCUGUCUGAUGAAGAGAUGGCUCUGUUCAGCGCUGCUGUUCUUCUUUGUCCAGAUCGGCACUGGCUAACAGAAGGCCAAAAGAUUAAAAACCUCCAGGAGAAGGUCUACCUGGCUCUGCAGCACAGUCUACACAAGAGUGGAGCUUCUGACGAGAAACUGGACAAGUUGGUGUCCAAGCUGCCCAUGAUGAAGUCUAUCUGUAACCUCCAUGUAGAUAAACUUGAGUUUUUCCGUUUGGUCCACCCAGAGACCGCCUACAGUUUCCCACCACUGUACCGGGAAGUGUUUGGCAGCGAGAUGUCUCUGCCGGACUCCACCAACAGCUAGACAGAAAGACAAACAAAGACAGAUGGAGAGUGUAUUAAAAAGUAGGGAAACAAAAUGGAAAGACAGAAAAGGAUAAGAGAUGUUGAAGCUCCAAAACCAGCAGUUAAGGGACAAUCCAGGACUUUAACCCUCCUGUUGCCUUAGGGUCAAUUUGACCCGAUUCAAUGUUUAACCCUCCUGUUACCUUUAUAUUUACUAACAUAUUUUACCCUUUGGGUUCAAUUUGACGCCAGCAAUUAAAACCUCCAGAAAAUUAUUAGAAUUAAUAUUGUUUUCUAAGUUUAAGUGUGAGGCACUUUAUGUUUGUUUGUUGACUACCGAAAGAACACCGACAUUAAACAUUGAAUUAACCCUAAGGCGGCAGGAGGGUUAAAUAUUGAUUCGGGUCAAAUUGACCCUAAGGCAACACAAGGGUUAAGUACUCCGUCUCCCAUGAUCCCAAAGAAGUCCUCUACUUUCCCAGCAGGCCAAGCACCUUACACUACAGGCCACACACGCUCAUGGUCCUCUGCAUAUUGUAGCAUUAACAACAAGCGGCUGGGCAUCGUAAUAAUAACAGCCCACUAGACGUGAGACACUUGUUUAACAUCAGAUCCACCCAACCAGUUAUGAAUGUACCUCAUCAAUGAGCACCAGUGCACAAGCCAGAACCCAACAACAGUGAAACCUGCCACUCUCAGACAGUUGUACACAAAGUAUUAGAAUUAAAUCAAUAUUUGUUUCUAUAUUAAUACAUCUCUGUAUGGUACGCCUGCAUAUUCAUACAGACAAUAUCCUAUGACAUGACCAUCACUAAGGGACCAAGAUCUUGAGUCAUUUUCUCUGGUAUGAAACACACACAUGACUCUCAACCUCUUUAAUCAGCUGAGAACCAGUUUCACGCACACUUUCACACCCAGUUAGACAGUGUUCGGUGCUGCCUAUUUGUAGGCACUUGUAAUGCAAUGAGAAACCUCAGUCCCACACACCCCUUUCCUUGUAAAUGCCACUUAGAGACAGGACAAGAUGAAAUUAUCUUUAAUUUAUAUACACAUUUAUAAACAAAUAUUUUAAAUCAGAAUGUAAAUAGAUGACUAUAUAAGUAUAUAUUGAGAGAGUUGGUGAGUUCAGAGAGAGAGGGAAAGAGAAGUGCGUAGUAGGAUAUAGAGAAAAGAUGGAUUUUUCAGGAAAGCUGAUCGUUGGAAUCAAAUUGUUUUCUGGACAACUUCCCCUCUUGGCAUUUCUCUCAGGUUUCCAUGGCAACACUCCCCUCUUGCACUGACGGCAAAACCCAGCUGGGUUAGUGGAGUUCAUCACGCAAGCGACAGGAUGGACCCUUGUUGCAGAUGUGACACAGCAGGGGGGGGGGGGGGGGGCAGUGUACCCAAACAAAAAUGAAAAAAAACAUUGCAUUUAAAUGACUUUUCAGUUUGCGCUGUUGCGCCCUGCCUAAAGACACGAGACACAAGGACACGAAGGAGAAGAGAAAGCAAGGCAAAAGAUGACUUCAUGAACUAUAUAAUAAAUGGGAUACACAGGUUAUCCUCCACCUGUUUCUAACCAGCAGUCAGUGUCGUGUAAAUAUCUUUCACUGACAAUGUUUUAGUUGGGGAAAGGCCAGAACAAAGAUGAUCCAUAAAGUGUAUCAUAAACCCUCCUUGCUGGUUGAAAAAACUAUUAUUUUGUAAAUUUGCUGUUCCUCUCUCCCUUCGUCCCUAUCCCAACACUUGUCCAAACACCAAGCACUUAUACUUUCAUAAUCCUCACUGGACACUAGUCUAAGGACAGACAGAGCUCCCAGCUGCCCCCCUGAGUUGGACAUCAAUGCCAGUAAGACUUUAAAGUAAGUUAGUUUUAUUAUUUUAGUUUUUUAUUCCAUAGCCGACACACAAGGUCACCCAUAACUGUUUACAUUUUUCAUGUCCAUACAUAACACACUGAUAAUAAUGUCUUACUCAGGGUGCUGUGAAGUUCAUGAGCAGAGUCUGAGGACCUUCUGCCUCCCGCUCAGGGACAUGGCUGUGGUCUCAUGCCCCUUUUUAUUACCAGAGUCGUCCUUUAGCCUUGCGCUCCUCACACCUUUUCACCUAGAUACAUAAAUAAGACCUUUAACCAUAAUCACUGUGGACGUAAGUUCUAUUUUUGUGAAUGUCACUCAUAAAGUGUCCACGCCCUUCCCAUGUGUCCUAAUAUUGUGAAAUCAAAUUUACAAGACAUAGGAAAUUUAAAACAAUUAAAAAUCAGUUAGCAUUAAAGAUUACUACAUUGUUGUAUCUUUUUGCUCUGAUUUUCAUGUGUCAGUCUUAUUCACCUUUUUCUUUAUGUCUACACUUUUGUCUUGUAAUGUCUGUGAUGUAUUUUUUUUUAUUGACGAAAGACUAGGUAGCCUACAAACAAAAAAUAAUAGUUUGUCUCCCUUCUCUUUCCCUGUAUGACAAAAUGUACAAGAGGUAUAUUACUAGUCCAAAAGUAACUGAGUUACACAUGUGCAGCUCUAUAUAUAUUGUUGCCCAAUGGGAUACAUUAUAUGUGGUUUUAAGAAUGUAAUAAAUGGUUUCUUUUUCUUUUGAA